ACCUCAAAACCAACAUACCUUACCCUGCCUACACCCUCACUUCACUAUCUCUACCCUCACUCCCAGUCCAGCACAUGCCACAGCACAUGCCACAACAUCAUCCGUUAUCAUCUAUCCAAUAGAGAAGAAACGUUUAGAAACCAACAAGUCGAGUUAUUCUAGGAGCCAAGGGAAAGAGUGCCGCAGCAGCCGCCGCAGCAACGAGCCAUGUCGCGUCAUCAUCCACAGCAACAACAGCAACAACGACGAGGAGGUCAAGAAGCGCUUCUUCUUCACCCCCAACGGUCACAGCAAGACCUCACAUACACCGCAGCACUUGCCGAUCCGUUCGGUUCACUUCAGACCCCGCCGCAUGAACCAACCCAAGACUUUGGGCAGGCAGCAGUAAUUUUCCCUGCUUCGGAAAUGGGAGUGUCUGGAGAAGCUGCUCCACGAACGUUGCAACGAAACACCGUCACUGAUGACCUUGACGCGAGCUCAUAUUCAGCUGGAAUCCCCCACAGCUUGAACACUGUCGAAUUCAUCGAGCCAUGGACAUUGGACGCCAGCAUGACACUCAUGACGCCAAACAGCAGACACGAAGACAUGUCAGACCUUUCAACAGAAGAUAUCCUUACAUUAGGGUUUGCGAGACCAACUCAAGGAAGCCCUUUGCACAUUGCAGCAACACACGGCCACAUCAACGUGGCUAAAACGCUGAUCCUCCACGGCUCGGAUGUCAAUGCCGCGGAUAAAGCUGGGCUGGCCCCAAUUCACUACGCGACGCAAAACAACCAAGGUCCCAUGGUGACCAUGCUUGCGGAGCACGGAGCUGACGUCGACUUCUUGGACCCGGACGGUUGCACGCCUCUCUACAGAGCGGCAGAAAGUGGGAACAAAGCAAUGGUUGAGCGUUUACUGCGACACGGAGCGAAAUUGAGCUAGGAAAGUAACAGAAACGGAAACAAACAACUCUGGCACGGAGUUAGAGUAGCAUGGGAAACGGAGGAGUAUUGUCAAACUGGGUGGCCAUCUAAGUUUACUGGUGAAGAACAGGCCUGUUAUCAAACAUGUUCACAAAUCAAGGUCAUUCUAUACGUGUUACUCAACC